AUGCUGUGGCUAACCCCUGCUGUUCAUUCUAUCAUAGAUGCUUCAACAUAUGCACACUUCCUCUUCAACGCCUUCGACACAGACCACAACGGAUCUGUGAGCUUUGAGGAUUUCGUCAUGGGCCUCUCUAUUCUUCUGAGGGGAACUGUGCAGGAGAAGCUCAACUGGGCCUUCAACCUGUACGAUAUCAACAAAGACGGAUACAUCACUAAAGAGGAGAUGCUGGACAUCAUGAAGGCCAUCUACGACAUGAUGGGGAAGUGCACGUACCCCGUCCUCAAAGAAGAGACCCCUCGACAGCACGUAGAGGUCUUCUUCCAGAAGAUGGAUAAGAAUAAAGACGGAGUGGUAACCAUAGAUGAAUUUAUUGACUGCUGCCAAAAUGAUGAGAACAUCAUGCGAUCGAUGCACCUCUUCGAGAACGUUCUCUAA